UUGUUGUCACUUGUCAAUAAUCAGCUGUUGACUCGGAGCUGGCUGGGCGGUGGGCGUCUGUCUGGCUGUCAAGCUGUCAAGGGAACGGAAUUCUGGCUGUCAAGGGAAGGGGAUUCUGCCAGGCUCGCUAAUUCUGCUUCACCGUUUCUUCCUCGCCUUUUGAGUAUUAGAGCAAACUUGAAGAAUGGAAUUUGCAGAAUUGAUUCGUAUAUCACGAUGUGAUCGUGUUAUGCUUCAUCGUCCCCAUCACCCUGUGCUUGAUGGCACUCUGUGUAUCACAGGACAUCAUCUCAUUGUAUCUUCUUGUGAUAAGGAGCCUCAAGAAUUAUGGCUUCUCCAUAGCAACAUUGACACUGUAGAGAGAAGACAGCAGGGCAUGACAGGAGGGACACUUUGGCUCAAAUGCAAAGAUCUGAGAAUACUCCAGCUUGAUGUUAUUGGUGCAGAUCAGUUUGCCAAAGUGGCAGAUACAUUAGAAGAUCUUAUACGUGUUGAGGAGCCUCUACUCCAGUAUCCAUUCUUCUACCGAGCAAUGUAUCAGAUACUUGAAGAUGGAUGGACUGCAUUUAUGCCAGAGUCAGAAUUUUCACGUUUGGUUCAACCAGGGGAUGACUGGCGCAUAUCAUAUGUAAAUAAAGAUUACAAGGUUUGUCCUUCUUAUCCAAGUGCUGUUGUAGUACCCAAGAACAUAGAAGAUAAUGAUCUUAUAGCUAUUGCAAACUUUCGCCAAGCAAGCCGCUUUCCAGUACUAGCCUAUCGACACGAAGGAACAGCUGUAUUACUUAGAAGUGGACAGCCACUUAUCACAGCCAAUGGAAAGCGUUGUAAGGAAGAUGAGCGAUUGUUGAAUAGCGUUCUAGCAAGAGACAAGAGAGGAUAUAUAAUAGAUACACGUACACAGAAUCUAGCACAGUCUGCUAAGAAUCUUGCGCAGUCAGCAAAGGUUCAGCUGCGUGGUGGAGGAUAUGAGCCAGAGCUUCACUAUCCCAACUGGCGUCGUGUCCAUAAGCCCAUUGAUCGUCAUCAUGUCCUGCUUGAUUCCCUAACUAAGCUUAUGGACGGCAUCAAUGACACUAGCAGUGGAACAGAUAAGUGGCUGAGUAGGUUGGAGAGCAGCAGCUGGAUGAACAAUAUCAAGGAAACCCUGAAUUGUGCAUGCCUUGUGGCACAGUGUCUUGAUCAGGAAGGAGCAUCUGUUCUAGUGCAUGACACAGAUGGGAUGGAUUCCACUUUGCAGGUCACAUCACUGGCUCAGAUAAUACUCAAUCCAGAUUGUCGCACUGUCAGAGGUUUUGAAGCACUAAUAGAACGAGAGUGGAUUCAGGGAGGCCACCCCUUUGCCACUCGUCAUGCUCGGUCAUGCUACACCCCCAGCACCCAGCGCUCUAAAAUCAACUCUCCCACAUUCCUCCUCUUCCUUGACUGUGUCUACCAGAUUCAUCACCAGUUUAGUUGCAGCUUUGAGUUUGCUGAGAACUUCUUAGUGAUGCUCUUUGAGCAUUCAUAUUCAUCUCAGUUUGGAACAUUUUUAGCCAAUAAUGAAGGUGAAAGGAGAGCCAUGAAGGCUCAUGAGAGAACAGCUAGUUUAUGGUCCUUUGUAAACCGGCCUGAGGUGCUUCCCAAGUAUUUGAACCCCAUGUAUGAGCCAAACCAGCGUGUCAUAUGGCCAUCUGUUGCACCAAUGAGCCUGCAACUGUGGGCUAGUGUGUUUUUGAGAUGGGUGGUAGACCAAGGGCCACAGGAGGCAGCUUGGACUAUAGUGAGGGAGCUGAGGGAGAAGGAAUCCUCAGUCAGGUCCCAGGUGGCAAGAUUAAGACGUCAGUUACAAGACUUGGAACGCGAGGCAGUAGAUGUUGGCAUUUUGACACCACCAGCAACAGGGGAAGUAGAGGUGGCAUAAAAUCCCUGUGGAAGCUGUAGUUAAGCCACAAAUAUUGUUGUGCAGGUCUAGAGUGUUAUAUGAAUACAUUAUUACAUACUUUCUAUUGUUCUUAAGUGCUAUAUGAUGAAUGGUUGUUUGAUAGACAUUGAAUUACAGAAGCACCCAGAAAUAUGUAAUGUUUGAUGUUUUUGUUUCACAAGUUCAUAAAAGACAAAUGCUUAGUGAUCAUAUCUGUAGGUUCUUUUAGUCUUAGGUGAUGAUGAUAAUGGAAUAAGUGUACAUAGAUUACAGUGUAUUUAAUACUUAAAAAUGGAAUGAAACAGUUACUGAGGAUUAGGACCACUAGAUAAUUGAUGCUGAUAGUGAUUGAUAAUAUAACAUUUGAUAAUGAUUAUAUCUAGACUCAACAUAUUUUACAUAAUACCCACAUAGAAUUAUAUCUUCAUUUCUGUGGUUGAAGACACUAUCUGCAUUGACAUUUUCAGGUGUCUUUUUCAUAUCAGGAUAAUAAUUGUUAUCUUAGUGAUAAUAUUUAUUCGGGUACUACUAUCAUUUUUCUAAUUUUAUUUUUGUUACUUUUGUAUCUCUCUCUCUCUCUCUCUCUCUCUCUCUCUCUCUCUUUCUCUUUCUCUUUCUCUUUCUCUUUCUCUUUCUCUUUCUCUCUCUCUCUCUCUCUCUCUCUCUCUCUCUCUCUCUCUCUCUCUCUCUCUUUCUCUCUCUCUCUCUCUCUCUCUCUCUCUCUCUCUCUCUCUCUCUCUCUCUCUCUCUCUCUCUCUCUCUCUCUCUCUCUCUCUCUCUCUCUCUCUCUCUCUCUCGCUCUCUCUCGCUCUCUCUAUCUGCUAUUACUAAUAUUUUUCGUCAGGAAUAUUUGUCAUUUUAGAUGGUAUUGCCGCUGUUCUGUCUUGCAUUUUCAAUAUGCUUAACAUUAAGAAAGCACUUUUUCAACCAUGUACUUUCUUCUGUGUAUCCACAUCUCCUUUAUAUAAAAUCUGAAUAUGUCUUAUGCACAUACAGGUGGGAUUCCAGUUAGCAGCCAUUGUUUGUAUUCUAAAUCUGAAGAUACUUAUUGCUGAUGUCACUAUUAAAUCAGUGUUAAAUACCACAGUGCCAUUAUACUUGGCAAGUCCUCAUGCAUAAGUUCUUUCAACUGCAAUUACAUAUUUACAUGAUAACUGCAUGUUUCCUAAGUAGAUAAUCAAAGUACUGGUAAACCUCCAAAGAAAUGGAAGAUUGCUUGAUGUCUUGUAUUUGUGAUUGUAUGUGAGAGGUUCUUGUAUCAGUGAUGGAAAUAUCAGCCUGAAGAGCUUCAUUUACAUGUGUUGAUUUUGUGAUUGUAGUAUGAUUGUAUAUAUCUGAUUAAAUGUAGUAUUUAGAAUUAUUAUUCUAUAAGCAUCACUGUGAUCAUUUUUCUUUAGAAUAUAACUGUUAACAGGUUAUUGAAUGUAGGUAUAGCACAUGUCAAAUAGACUUCAUCUCUAUACAACAAAGCUCAUUUUGUGAUGUAAUCAUUUUUUCAAGAAUUCUUAAUAUCAAGUUCUGUAUUCUGUAUUUAUUUUUAUUUGUAUGUAAUAUUUUGACAAUGUAAAAUUUGCGGUUUCAUUUCAUUAUGAUUGCACAAAAUUGUUUAAAUCAAAUUACGAUGAAGUAAGGGUGCAGCUUGUGAAUUUUGAACAGAUAGAUUCUGUUGAAACUUCUCAAGCAGAGGCCUUUCAUAUUUCUACUUAUUGUGAAUACCAAUUGUCUUCUUGUUUCUGGUUAUUUUUCUGUCAUUUCCAUAAACCACCAAGAAUAUAUAAUAAAACACUAAAAAAUA